UUUACCUACGGAUUGUGGAUUAGAGGCAGCCUUUGAAUAUUGCCCAAUUUUAAUCUAAUGUAAUUCCUAAAAGCUUUUAGUUUCCCAUUAUUUAUUUUGAAUCAUAUUAUUCUAUAGGUUGUGUAUCAAAAGAAUCCUCCUAAGAAUUGUGUUGUCGUUAAUAAUAGAAUUAUCGCAACUGCGAGUUGCGACCGAUUCAGUAUUUAUUAUUGAUAUUUUUUAUUUCAUUGAUUUUGAAUAAAUCGUGAGUUUUAGUGCAUUGAUCGUGUUGAAUGAAACGUUAUCUACGCCUCUAAAAUCCAGAUUGAUUGGAGAUCGAUAUAAAAAUACAUUGCCAUCGAUUGAUAAACAGAAGGAUUAGCGAUCAAUAUGUCUGACGGUCAUGGCGAGCCGAAUACGCUGAGGAAGGAUAGCGUUGCAACAGCUAAUGUGUCGAGUGAUAGUCCUGUGACGGAUCCCGGGCAGGUCCGGGGAGGCCCUACGGAAAAUUCUGGAAAAUUCGAAGGUCAACGCGGGAAGUCUGGCGCGCUGAAGAAGUCGGCUCGCUACAGAAGCCGGUCGCUGUCUGCGUCGUCUGCAGAUUCUUACAGCUCAACAUCAUAUACUGGGUCGUCAUCCGACGAAGAUGAGGGCGUCCAACCCCACGAGAAGGCGAUCGCGGCUGGUCAGCCGAACCCUCCAUACUGCGUGAGGAAUGUGGAACAGCAUGGGUUUGGCAGGCGGGAGAUUGAGAUCGCGGAACAGGAGAUGCCCGGGAUUAUGGCUCUGCGGGCUAGGGCGAAAGAUGAUAAGCCUUUGAAGGAUGCUAAGAUCGUCGGUUGCACGCACAUAAACGCGCAAACAGCUGUUCUCAUAGAAACUCUAGCGGCGCUAGGUGCGACCGUCCGUUGGGCGGCGUGUAACAUAUAUAGCACGCAGAACGAAGUGGCCGCUGCGUUGGCGCAUGCGGGCUUCGCGAUAUUCGCCUGGCGCGGCGAAAGCGAGGAAGCGUUCUGGUGGUGUAUAGACCAGUGCUGCACUCCGGCUGGGGCUUGGCAACCCAACAUGAUACUAGAUGAUGGUGGUGAUGCCACACAUUUGAUGCUGAAGAAACAUCCCACGGCUUUUAAGCAGAUAAAGGGUAUAGUAGAAGAGAGCGUGACGGGCGUGCACAGAUUGUACCAGCUCAGUAAAGCGAAUAAGCUCUGCGUUCCCGCGAUGAACGUGAACGACUCUGUGACUAAGACCAAGUUUGAUAAUCUGUAUUCUUGCCGGGAGAGUAUAAUAGACGCGCUAAAACGCAGCACAGACAUAAUGUUCGGCGGGAAGCAGGCGGUCGUGUGCGGGUACGGGGAGGUGGGGAAAGGGUGUUGUCAAGCGCUCAAGGCGUUGGGCAGUGUGGUGUAUGUAACAGAAAUCGACCCGAUUUGCGCGCUGCAAGCAGCUAUGGACGGUUUCAGAGUUGUCAAAUUGAAUGAGGUAAUCCGCCAAGUGGACAUAGUGAUAACAGCAACAGGGAACAAGGGUGUUGUGACCCGGGAACACAUGGAGCGAAUGAAGAACGGCUGUAUUGUGUGCAACAUGGGGCACAGCAACACGGAAAUAGAUGUGCAUGCGUUGAGGACGCCAGAUUUGCUGUGGGAGAGGGUUCGCAGUCAGCUCUUCUCGCAGGUCGACCACAUAAUAUGGCCGAACGACAAACGCAUAGUGUUGCUAGCUGAGGGUCGGCUGGCGAAUCUCUGUUGCUCGUCGUUGCCAUCCUUCGUUGUGUCUGUGACUGCGGCAACACAGGCGCUUGCCUUGAUUGAACUGUAUAACGCGCCGCAGCAUAGAUAUAAGGCGGACGUCUAUCUCCUUCCAAAGAAAAUGGACGAAUACGUAGCGAGCCUCCAUCUACCGACAUUCGACGCACACCUCACGGAACUGACAGACGAACAAGCGAAAUACCUCGGCCUCAACAAGGUCGGCCCGUUCAAACCGAACUACUAUAGAUACUAGCAUAAACACCCCAGGGCAAGGAAGUCGAAGAAACGGACGCCCAAGAAACAAGCUUAGAAAUGUCACUGGCAACUUUGUAUGUGUCAACUGUCAGCUGUCAAAUCAUUUUUUUAAAUAAUAGCUGUGAAAUGUCAAUGUCUUUGUUUUUUUACCGCUGCAUUGAAAAAAAAACGAAAAAAAAGCUUAGAUCUGCCAAUGUCAACGUUGUAUGUGUUUACUGUCAGCUGUCAAUUUUUUUUUUAAUAAUAGAUGUCAAAUGUCAAUGUCAUUGUUUUUUGCAACGCGUCGUUUUGAAUUUGGAAUUAUUGUUGUUCGUUAUGGUAAAGAAUGUAAUGUAAAGGUGGUAAUAACGGUUCAUUAGUUGAUUAUAGUUUUAAAUUAAAAUGCCUUUUUGUUAUGUAGUUAUUUUUCAUAUGUAAUUGGCAUUAAAUAAGAUGUCAGUAUUUUUAGUGUAUUUAAAAUAAAUUGAAGUUACCAUAUCAACCCACCAAUUAUGCUAAAAAAUAUUAUUUAUGCUGCAUAUAUGAAAAAUUUAAUUAGCAUUUUACGUGGAGUCUCAGUAUUGCCAUUUUUAUGAUUUGUUAUUUUAUAAAUUGAAUCUCUGUUUUAACUUAUUGUUGCCAGAUAUUAAAGUUUUAUUUUCAUUAAAACAUUAUUUAUACACUGUAUGAAUUGAAAAUAUUAUUGAAGUUAUACUUCUUUUGGCGCGAUGGAGAAAAAUGAUGAGAGUGAAUUUUUACGAU